AUGGCAAAUAAGGAAGAGGAUUUUCUCUGGCUAAUUAAUACUCUUAAAAAAGCUGCAACAGACUUUGAGACACUUUAUGGAAUUGGAUUUAUGAUAAAUGAUAUUAUUAUUCUGAAAUAAGGAGAGCCUAAGCAUUGGCUCUAUAUGGAUGAAAAACGUAAAAUCAAAUAAAAAGAUGAAGAAUGGCUGAAGUUUUAAGUCAUAAAGGAGUAUUUUAAAAACCCUAAGAUAAGAUAAGAAGAUUUAAAUGAGAUAGAGAAUUAUAACGAUUCUUAGUAUUCAAAUCUUAUUUCCUAAAACUACUUUUAAAAGAAUAAAAUUGAUAAAAUGCUAUUUUAUUUCUAUCAAUCUGCUCGCGAUAUAACUGUAGUGAGACCUGCUUCACUUUCUGUAGCAGAGUAGUUAAUGUCAAAGCCAUAAGAUCAUUAGGAGUUACUAAAUCAUUGGACUAAAAUAAUAGGCUAUUAUCCUAUAAAUAGUUAUAAAGGAACAGUAUUAUAUUAAGUUACAUAUAGUGGAAGAAAUAGAAAAUGCAUGAUAGAAAGAAGAAAUGUGGAAACAAAAAAAUUAGAUACAGCUGAAUUUUUAAAGAAAGAAGGCUCUUAAAAGAAGACAUUUACAUUUGAGACGAAGCUGUUUAAGUCUUUAGCCAGUUCUGUAAACGAAAAAUGCAAUUUACUUGCUACGAGUUUAGUUAGAUUUUUAGAAACAAAAUAUCAUAAGACAAUAGCAGAAAUGCAAAUAGAAUUUUUCAUGAAUGACAGUGGUUAAAUAUAUCUCUCAGGAGCUGAAAAAAUUAACUUUUAUGGAGCAGAUGGAGAAAUUGAUAUAAAUUUAGACAAAAACAACUUAGAAUAGUUUUAAUUUCCUUAAAUGGAAGAAUUUAAGUGUAUCGGAUAGUAUUGUGAUUGUGCAGGAGAUUCGACUUACUAUGAAGAGAAUGAUGAAGCAUUUUCAGUUUUUAUUUAAUCUUAAAAAAAGAAAGAUCAAGUAUUUUAUGUUUAAUAUAAAUCUAUUAUAUUAGAUCAAAUAGAAAGAUAUAAAACAAUUUAAUCAAUAAAGUCUGUUUAGCAAGGAGUAAAGAUAACCGAACAGCUCAUUUUUAAAGUGAGAAAAUAUUAUUCAUUUAGCUAGAUUUCUGCUUGUCCUUUAUUCUCUCAUUAUAAAUUUGAUAAUAUUUAUAAAAGAAUCCGAGUUUGUGAGUAUUGUUAUGCAGUAUAUAAUAAAGUAGAUAGCAUGAGAGCAGAUAUCUUAAGCUAGAAAAAUAGAAAGUAAGUUACAGACUAAGAAAUAUAAGCAACUAUAGAUAAAAUGGCAAAUUCGCAAGGACUUAUAAUUGGAGGUACUCAACUGAAAGAGAGAAAAGUGAUGUCUAAAGAUUUUUAUUCAAAACUUGAUAUAUUUGAUUCUGAGACUAAAUUUUUCAAAGAAAAUUUUGUAGUAACUAAAUCUAUUGAUCCUUCGUUCUUUUCCAAAAAGGCAAAGGCCCAAAGCACUUAGAAUUUUUUCUCUUUGACUUAAAAAUAAUAAAAUGAAGAUGAAGAAAAAUAGUUUGUUCUGCCUAAAAUUGUAGAGGUUACAAUUUAAGAAAAGAAUUCAUAAUAUGUUAAGAAGAAGAAAAAAUUUGUUAGCCGAUAGGAGGCAGAAGCUCUUGGAUUAAAGCAUUAUUUAGGGCACACUAAAAAUCUCCCUUAUAGUGACUGUGGAUUAGCAAUAAGCAAAAGUAGUCUUGCCUUGAACUAGCUUUAGGAUAAAAUCAGAGAUGUAGAGAAUCUUAAAAAUAAAAUAGAAAAUGAAAAAAUAAAAAAAGUAGUGGAGGAAAUCGAAUUAAUUAUGUGUCCUUAUUAUGGAAAUGGAAAGGUUGAUACAACAAGAUUCGAGCAAUUUAUUUAAAUUUUAAAGGAAAGAGAAUAAAUAUAUGGCGUUGAUGUAGAAUAAUCUUUUAGUAAAUCUUCUAAAAAAGUGUAAGUAGUUACAGAUAAAAACGAAUUCUUAACAGAAAACUAAAGAAAGCAAAAGCAAGAUAAAGAAACAAAAGCUAAGGAAAUCGAAGAAAGCAAGAAGAAUUUCUUAGAAGAGAAUAGAGAUCUAGCAGCUUCAGUAAUAAAAAUAAGAAAUUAAGAGAGGCUUUAAAAGGCUGUGGAGAAAAAAAAGAAAGAAGCCCAAUCUAGAAAAUCAUUGUAGCUGAAUAGCAUAGAAUUUAAUAACAAAUUCAAUUAGGAGAAUAUCAUAAACUCUAGAAAACUCUCGACUUAACUGAAUAAUUUAAAAUAAGAUAUAAAAAUUACUACAUAACUAAAAGAAUAAAAAUCUUAAAAAUUUAACAAUUCCUAGAGCUACGAUUCAAAUUCUGUUAGCGAUGAUUUUGAAGAAGAUGUAGAAAAAUCACAAAUUAAUGAUAAUCCAGAAUAAUACAGACCAAAAAAUUUCCCUUUAUUUUAAAAUAAUGAUUGA